GGCGGAUGUAAAGCUUCGAAAAAAGGUUAAAAUUUCGUUUUGAAAAUGUCUUGAGUUUGCUGAAAUUCUUUGUAAAGUUUAAAAGAUGAGUGGUCGGGAUGAUAAUGGUGAACAAGUUAUUCUGGCAACAGCGGGUUAUGAUCAUAGUAUAAGGUUUUGGCAAGCUCACAAUGGAGUCUGUCACAGAACAGUGCCUCAUACAGAUUCUCAGGUCAAUGACAUGGCAAUUACUCCUGACAGACAUUUGUUAGCUGCAGCAGGGUAUCAGCACAUAAAAAUGUACGACAUAAAGUCAAAUAAUGCCAAUCCUGUAAUAAACUUUGAUGGCAUAUCAAAGAAUGCAACUUCAGUCGGUUUUCAUGAAGAUGGGAAAUGGAUGUUCACUGGUGGUGAAGACUGCUCGGCAAGAAUAUGGGAUCUUCGAUCAAGGAAUUUACAGUGCCAGCGUGUUAAUCAAGUUAAAACUGCAGUAAACUGCAUUAUACUUCACCCAAACCAAAGUGAACUUAUUGUCGGCGACAACAGCGGAGCAAUACACGUUUGGGAUCUAAGGACGGAUCGUAGUGAACAAUUAAUUGCGGAAGCCGAUGCGGCUGUGUUAUCGUUGAGUAUUAACGAAGAUGCAACUUAUAUGGCUGCCAUUAAUAACCAGGGUAAUUGCUAUAUUUGGAGUUUAUCGUCAGGAACGACAACAGAACCGACCGUCUUACGACCAAGAACGAAGCUUAUGAAAGCACACGAAAAAGCUGGUUUAAAGUGUCUUUUCAGUCCUGACUCUUGUUUAUUGGCGACAACAUCGGCAGAUCAGAGCAUCAAGAUAUGGCAGACAAGUGAUUUUACGUUGAAGUCGACAUUAAAAGCAGAACCUUCACCACGGUGGGUUUGGGAUUGUGCCUUCUCCGAAGAUUCACAAUAUCUUGUUGCAGUAUCAUCAGAUGGAAUUGCGCGACUCUGGUCUCUGGAACAGGAAGAGGUUGUACGUAAAUACGUUGGCCAUCAGAAAGCGCUUGUCUCGCUUGCUUUCAGAGACGUACAGGUGUAAUUCCAGGAAUUAUACCAGUUAUUUCGCAAACUAUGGCACGGAAGCGAAGAUAUGAAAUCUCAAGAUUAAUGAUGAUGCAGGAGAGCUGAGGAAGCGAUACUUCAAAAAUAAACUAUUUUAUCUUCUCAAGUAUAUGACCUAAAGAUUGAAUGUGCCUAAAUGAUAUUCUUGUAAUUUUUCAUGCCAAGUUGUCACAAUAAAGCUUCAGCGAGUUUUAAAAACGA